AUGGAAGCUCUACUUAACCCCAUAACCGCCACAAAAGAAGAUGACGGUUAUUCGUUAAUCACCGAUAAAGGUUCUUAUGAUCUAACGGCGUCAGACGUUGAGGUCGUUACCUCCGGUAACCGUCGGAUUCCGGCACACUCCGGCGUUCUGGCUUCGGCUUCACCGGUAUUGAUGAACAUCAUGAAGAAACCGGUAAGACGGUACAGAGGCUGUGGUGGAUCUAAAAGAGUCAUCAAGAUUUCAGGUGUUCCAUGCGACGCCGUUUCCGUCUUUAUCAGCUUCCUCUACUCUUCUAGUUUGACGGAGGAUGAUAUGGAGCUAUACGGGAUCCAUCUUCUGGCUUUGUCGCAUGUAUACAUGGUUACGGAUCUGAAGCAACGGUGCUCAAAAGGCGUCGUGCAGCGUUUAACGGUGGAGAACGUAGUUGACGUUCUCCAGCUUGGUCGGCUCUGCGAUGCACCCGAUGUUUGCCUCAGAUCUAUGCGUCUUAUCCAGUCGAAGUUUAAGACCGUUGAGCAGACCGAAGGAUGGAAGUUUCUUCAAGAACAUGAUCCUUUCCUCGAGCUUGACAUUCUCCAGUUCAUCGACGACGCCGAAUCGAGGAAGAAAAGAAGACGGAGACAUAGAAAGGAGCAGAAUCUAUACAUGCAACUAAGCGAAGCAAUGGAGUGUAUAGAGCACAUAUGCACCCAAGGUUGUACAUUGGUCGGUCCAUCAAACGUAGUAGACAACAAGAAGUCAACGGCUGUGGAAAAGUCAACGGCUGUGGAAAAGUCAAUGCCAUGUAAGGCGUUUUCCACGUGUUAUGGCCUCCAGCUUUUGAUACGUCACUUUGCUGUAUGCAAGAGGAGGAGUAACGAGAAAGGUUGUCUUCGUUGCAAGCGGAUGCUUCAGCUCCUUAGACUUCAUUCUUCGAUCUGUGAUCAACCCGAAUCUUGUUGCGUCCCUCUUUGCAGGCAAUAUAAGAUAAGGGGAGAAAAAGACAAGAAGAUGGGUGAAGACACCAAGUGGAAGCUACUGGUGAGAAGGGUCGUGUCUGCAAAAGCUAUAUCUUCGUUGUGUCAGUCAAAGAAGAACAAAUGUGAGGGAGAAGCACAAGGAUUAAUCAGAUUAAGGGAAAAGUUUGAUUUGUAG